GAGGGUUUCAAUACGUUAUGUAUGCCUUGAGACUCUCUCCUUUCCCACAACAAACUCGCUCCUAACUUCAUCUCUAAACAAACCUGAAAAAAAUGCUAAAGAAACAAAAUAAUACUAAUAAAAAGGAAAGCUGACCAUUUUCCUGACUAAUAUUCUUUACCACGUUGGAUCUAUCUACAUUGAUCAAUCAUUAUUUCUCCUUCAUCUUCUUCUCUCUCUCAAGAACAAGAAGGAGUUCCUUUCGUUUCUCCUUUCUGGUGCCCUUCUUUAGUUUCUUGAGUUUUGUAGAUUUAUAGGCAUGUCGGAGACCACAAGCUUGAGUCAAGAAGAGGUAACGUUAGGUGAGGUUUCAGUGACGAGAGAGGACGCAUUUUCCGACAAUAAACUCGUGUUGGAAACUUGUCGGAAAAGGAAGAGAUCAGAUGAAGAAGAAAAAGAAGAGGAAGAAGAGAAUGACGGAUUCAAAACACCAACUCGUCCGGAGAAUAGAAUCCAUGAGGUCAGAGAAUGCCCACCGGCUCCAAGAAAAGGUAAAAAGGAAUACUCGACGAUGCACAGAGGUGUAACAAUGACGUGUCGCAGAAGGUUGGGAUUCCCGCCGGAAAAUGCUACGUUUAUAACGGAUUUGCAGUGGAGGACGACGACAAUGACGAUCAAGAAAUAAGUAAUAGAGAAAGAGAUAUUAUCUUGUAGUCUUUUUUUUGUGGUUUUAUUAUGGCCAUUUCUAGGUCACGUUUGGAAAAUACUUGCAUUGAAUUGGUAUUUUGUUUUUUUAGAUUUCUUGACUCUCAGAUAUAUAUUUCUGUAUCAAGAUGAUGAUUAUUUGUCAAUUGUUAGUUUUUGUUUUACUUAUGAUGCUCACGAUCUUUUAAUACAUGUACG